AUGGCAAAGGAAGUCAGACGGCGCGGCGAGGUCCGCAUAGGUUGGACCAGGUGUAGCUGCUUCAGAUGCCUGGAGCGUGGGCACAUCGCCAUCAGGUGUAAGAGCCCGGUGGACAAGAGCGGCUGCUGCAUCAAGUGCGGCGAAGCAGGCCACAAGGCCGUUGCCUGCAAAAAGGAGCUAGCGAGUUCCGGAGAGGCAAACUUUCGACCCGGCAGCAAAAGCAGUCAGGCCGGUAGUGGCGGUACCGGUAUUCCAAAGACCAGCGGCGCAGGACCUGCUGACGCAGACAGAUCGCGCGAGGUAGCGGCGGAUGUGGCCAUACUCAGCGAGCCAUACAGGGUAAGCGUGAGAGGAGAGUGGGACAAGGACCGCUCUGGCAAGGCGGCUCUUUGGCUCUGCUGA